UUUUUAACGUUAUUUUUGUGACUUUUGAACGUUCCAGGGAAUUUUGUUUGCAUCCUGUCAAGGGAGCUUCAUAAUUAAACCGAAAAUAAUACAUAUUAUGUAAUAAAACUUAUACAGCAUCUGUAAUUAUAAAUGUUUCGCAUAUGUAUCUUAGUUUCCUCCAAUAUCAACAAUGAUCUUUAAAAAGAGGAAUGCAUGUACUAUCAGCUUAAAAGAUAUAAAAGCCGUAGUGAUUACACGUGAUACGAUGUUCAUAUUUUACUUUACGGCGUGGAAGUCAUACAGACGUACACAUAAGUACAUGGUACGUCAAGAGGACAUGGCGGCAGUGUUUCUUUGUAUUGUAAUAUACCUGUUGACAUGUUGUUCUGCUUACGUUAAUUUGGCUCUACGCAAACCAGCAUUUGAGGACAAUAUAUACAUCCAUGCUAACGUAACUGCCGGCAAUGCUGUGGAUGGACGCAAAUCAAACUUGCGAGGUACUGGAGGAGAGUGUUCAAUGUCAACUGAGAAAAAACGCACCGCUACCUGGUGGGUAAAUCUUACUAGUACCCGCAGCAUCCACGACAUCCGGAUCUAUUACAUGACGGACAAUGUACCUUGGGAUGCAUCAAACGAAUAUACAGCGAGGUUUCUGGGAUUUUCUAUAUACAUUUCAAACACAACUAAAUUGUCAGAUGGAAAACUUUGCUAUAAAGACACCUACUUCACAAGAAGAACGAUACCAGCUGUCUUUAACACCACCUGUUUUGUUCAUGGUCAAUACGUCAUCUACUACAACGAGAGACUACCAGGAGUUACCUAUCCUAGUGAUUAUUCUGAAUACGCCUUUAGCGACCUCUGUGAAGUUGAAGUCUAUGGAUGUCCAACACUUGGUUACUAUGGUAUCAAUUGCACUACCCCCUGUCCUGACGUCAACUGUGGAUACUGUCACAUCCAGACUGGCACCUGUCAGGGGGGAUGUAAGCCUGGGUACAAGGGACACCAGUGUGAAUUGGAAUGUGACAAUAGAAAAUAUGGAGACGCAUGCCAAAAGAGUUGUGGACAAUGUGUAAACAAGACACAAUGUGACAACGUGAUCGGGACUUGCUCACAGGGGUGUGAGGCGGGGUACAAAGGUCAAAUGUGUGAUCAAGAAUGCACUGAUGGCUUUUUUGGCCGUAAUUGUCAAGAAAAAUGCAAUGAAACUUGUCUAAGGUGUAACAUGUUUAAUGGUGUCUGCGAUAAAGGAUGUCGUCCCGGAUGGGAAGGAAAUUAUUGUCAAUCUGCUUGUCAAGACGGGAAAUAUGGAUUUGAAUGUAAGGAGUGUAGUCCAUUUUGUUUUCGGUCUGGAAUAUGCCAUCCUAAAACCGGUGCAUGUUUGAAUGGUUGCAAAAAGGGAUGGACAGGAGACGAGUGCUUUGAAGUUUCAGUUCAAGAUGACGGAAACACGUCUACAAACCUGUCUGUUAUAGGCAUAGCAGCUCUCUCUGUCGCAAUUUUAUCCAUCAUGAUUAACGCCGUUCAGCUACUCUACAAACUUCUACUGCGGUAA